UCGAAGAUCCACCACAACUAGCAUCACAUCCACAAAGACCACAAGACCUCAAGCUCUCUUCCUCCCACCCGAGCACAGUCCACCACCACUACCACUUCCAAAUGUCCCUCCUUUCCACCAUCUCCUCCUCCUCCAAUUCCCUUCACCUCCUCCACCACCACAAUCACCUCUCUUCCCUUGCCAGCUUCCAUUCUUCUUCUUCUUCUUCUUCCUCCUCCAUUAUCCUUUCACCUCUUCACAUUCCCAGACAUGGCAUCAAAGCAACAAAAUUCACCAUCACUGCUUCCACUUCUCCUCCUCCUCCUCCUUCCAUAAGCAAAUCCACAGCUUCUCCUACCCAGUCCUUCAGAAAGAGGUCUCCCAAGGACGUCAACGUCCUUGUGACCGGCUCCACCGGCUACAUCGGCAAGUUCGUGGUGCGCGAGCUCUGCCGUCGCGGCUUCAACGUGGUGGCGGUCGCGCGCGAGCGGAGCGGCAUCCGGGGCCGCGACGACAAGGCGCGGGCCGCCGGGCAGCUGGCCGGCGCCACCGUGUGCUUCGCGGAUGUCACUGAUCCCGACGCCCUUGGCCGCGCCCUCGACGCCCUUGGCCGCCCCAUCGACGCCGUCGUCUGCUGCCUCGCCAGCCGUGGCGGCGGCAUCAGCGACUCGUGGAAGGUCGACUACGGUGCCUCCAGGAACAGCCUCCUUGCGGGGCGCCGCCUCGGCGCCUCCCACUUCGUCCUCCUCUCAGCCAUCUGCGUCCAGAAGCCGCUCCUCGAGUUCCAGCGCGCCAAGCUCAAGUUCGAGGCCGAGCUCGACGAGGAGGCGGCCGCCGACCCCGGCUUCACCUAUAGCGUCGUGCGCCCCACCGCGUUCUUCAAGAGCCUGGGCGGGCAGGUGGAGACGGUGAAGGACGGGAAGCCGUACGUGAUGUUCGGCGACGGGCGGCUGUGCGCCUGCAAGCCCAUCAGCGAGGCAGACCUCGCGGCCUUCAUAGCCGAUUGUGUCAUGGACGAGGACAAGGCCUGCAAAAUUCUGCCCAUUGGGGGGCCAGGGAAGGCCUUGACGCCAUUGGAGCAGGGGCAGCUGCUCUUUAAGUUGCUCGGCCGGGAGCCUAAAUUCUUCAAGGUGCCCAUAGAAGUGAUGGACUUCGUGAUCGGAGUGCUUGAUUUCCUUGCAAAGCUAUUUCCAUCAUUGGAGGACGCAGCAGAAUUUGGCAAGAUCGGCCGGUAUUAUGCAGCAGAGAGCAUGCUGGUGUUGGAUCCGGAGACAGGGGAAUACAGUGCAGAGAAGACACCGAGCUACGGGAAGGAUACAUUGGAAGAAUUCUUUGCAAAGGUGAUCAGAGAAGGAAUGGCUGGCCAGGAAUUGGGGGAACAAACCAUCAUCUGAGUUCUCAGGCUUUGUGAAUUUACUGGUACAAGAAGUGAAGAAGGCCUUCUCACUCUACUGCUAGUUCCACUGACAGGAUUAGGAUUCCAUGUUCUGCCGCUCACUCUGUUACCAAUCUUGGCGUGGUCCAUGACCCCAUGGAGUGCACCUCUCUUCCAUGUCAAUGUUUUACUGGGUGAUUGAGUUGCCGUGCUCAUCUACCGGUUAUUAAAUGGUACUUAUUCAUGAUCAAGCAGUACAAAGAGUACUUGCUAUAAAAUAUUUUCUAUUGGUUUAUUAAAUGAAAUGAUUAUUAGUCAUGUCAAUAUGGUGACAAUAGAGUUUUUUUUGCCUCUACUCAGCAGUGUAUUUGGGACAAGAAAGAGUGAGUUUAUGUUCACUUUGAAUGAGAUUCUAAAUUGUAUUCCUAAUGCUUCUUCUCAA